GUUCCACUUGCACGUGCUCCUUGGAGUCCCCCCCUCCGUUCCAUCUCCCUCUCUAGUCUCUACUAUACCGUCUAUAGCCCCCUUUCACUCUUUCACAUCACUUCUUCUUCUCCUUCUUCUUCUUCUUCUUCUUCUUUGCCUAUAUCUAUCUAUCUAACUAUCUAUGAUCCACCACAUGGAAGAAGAAGAAGCACCAAAUAAUCCCAAAACAGUCAAACUUGUUCCUGACUGCGGAAUAAUGCAACAAUGCCCUCACCACCACAACCACGCCGGCGGUAUAUGUGCUUUCUGCCUCCAAGACAAGCUUGGCAAGCUUCUCUCUUCUUCUUUCCCCGCUCCCAUUCAACCCUCUUCUCCUUCUUCUUCUUCUUCUCCUUCUCCUUCUUCUCCCCCUCCUCCUCCUUCUUUUAGAUCCAGCAACACUCCUCCUCCUUCUUCUUCUCUCCCUACCAAGAAAACCGAUCACUACACGCGCUCCCGCCUCCCUUUUCUUCUCGCAAACAAGACUUGUGCUAAGAAGAAACAACACUCCUCCUCCUCCUCUUCUUCCACUUCUGCUGCUGCUGAUGUCCUUUUGAAGCGCAGCAAGUCCACUGCAACUCCAAGGAGGGACACCAAGUUCUUCAACAACCAUGAUAUACUCAUUCAAGACUUCACUCCCAGAAAGAGAAACGGUUUCUGGUCCUUCCUCUAUCUCUCUUCAUCUUCUUCUUCCUCUUCCUCCAAGAAGCUUCAUGCCAACAACAAUGGCGCCACCCCAAGGGUUUCUGCAAGCAUUUCCUCAACUUCGGGGUUGACCAUCACCAAGCCUACCACUACCACGGUUGCCGGCGGUUUGCAAGAAAGUAGCGACGGUUACGUUUCUGUUUGUUCUUCGUUUGAGCGAAAGGUUUCAAGAUCCAGAUCUGUUGGCUGUGGUAGCAGCAGAAGCUUCUCCGGUGACUUCUUUGACAGAAUCUCAAACGGCUUCGGUGAUUGCACUCUCAGAAGAGUCGAAUCUCAGCGUGAAGGAAACCAUAACAAGCAUCACCACCAUAAUCAGCAGUGCAUGAAGGAGAGAGUCAAGUGUGGAGGAAUAUUCGGUGGCUUCAUGAUGAUGCCUAACACUUCUUCCUCUACCAGCAGCAACAAAGCUUCUUCUAAGAACAAGAAUGAUAGAAAGAACAAUAACAAUGCAUCAUCAUCAUCACCAAAUUUAUCUGCUAUUCCUUCAUUGCUCACUGUUUCAACCUGAAUCACAAGUAUACACAAUACUAAUAACAUUAUUAUGCUCUGUUAAUUACUCUAGUAUUGUGUUUAUUAUUAUUAUUAUUAUUACUACCAUAAUACCCUUUUUAGUUUUAGCUUUACUUUUAAUUUUCCUGCCACAGUUUUUUUUUUUUUUGGACAGUUGUUUAUUUAUAAUUAAUUAUAUAGAUAUAUUCAGGUGGUUGGAUUUGGAUUAUGAUUCAUCAUUUCAGGUACGGAGUACUCUACUCUCUCCCAUUACCAUUCAUUUAUGACACUAUUUGGAGAGAGAUAGAAAGAGAAGGAACUUUAUUAUCUCAAUGCAUUGUUCAGUUCAAUUUCGCUGUGUCAUCAUAGUCUGCUUCUUUUGGUUGUAUUCUUUGUAGCUUUUUCAUCUUGUAAUUUCAGUACUCACAGUAUGAUGCUAUGGUGUAAGAUAAUGAUGUAAUUUUUAAGUUAUUAUUGUAGACUACUCUGUUCAAUUCACAUUUUCACAUGCAUACACAUGUUUGGUUUGGUUGAUGCAAACAAAACCAAGUAGGGGGAAUCACACUAGCUAAGCCAUGUUAUUAUGUGUCUAUGCUAUGUAAAUUCAAUUUAAUCAAUCAUUAAGCUUAUUAAUGAUAUUCUAUUUAUUAUU